UGUAUUUUUUACUGAUAGAAAAUACGCAAAGAUGUCGAAAGGCAAUGUUGUAAAAUCAAAUAGGAAUACGCUGUCGCCAGUGCCGGCUUACUUGACGAAAGAAAGCUUUGAGCACGCAGCUAGUUUUGUGCCCAAACCAAGUGAUUUCUUCGUAUGUUGUCCACCAAAAUGCGGCACGACAUGGGUGUCACAAAUAGUUCAUCAGUUGAGAAGCGGAGGAGACAUGAGUUUUAAUGAUAUAGACGAAGUUGUAUUGUGGAUUGAUGCAGCUUAUACAUUUGGCGAUGUCAUCGAUGCGGAACAGAAAUAUCAGCCUCGGGUUUUUAAAAGCCAUAUGUCAUACAACACCCUUCCUAAAGGCGGCUUCUUUUAUGCUCCAGGAGAAAUGACAAUUGAGACGUUUAUAUCGGAUAUAUAUAUCAAGAAGAUAAAAGUAAUGCGAGAUUACUUUAAGCAUUUAUGCAGUUGGUGGCCAAAGCGAAAUGAUUCCAAUAUUUUAAUGCUCACUUAUGAAGACAUGUUGAAUGAUUUGGAAAGUGCCAUUCGCUCUAUUGCAGCUUUUAUGAAUAUAACCAAUGAAGCGACUAUAAAAACAACUGUAAAGAUGAGCUCGUUUGACUUUAUGAAGGCGAACCAAGAGAAAUUCGACACAAACCUCUUCGUGCGAAAUUUACAAAAACUUGGAUAUCAGGGUACGAAUGCGAUAAAUCGUGUUGUAACAGGAUCUGCAACAAAAUGGCGAGAAAUGAUGAGCGAACAGGCAAAACAAUCGAUUCAAAACAUGUGGAAUGAAUCUGUAACGUCAACAAUUGGUUUUAAAAAUUAUGAAGAUUUUCGAAAUGCUUUGAACAGUGAAAAGCAGAUUUUUUAGUCUUAGAUUUUUACAUCCCAACUGGUCGCAUGUUUGAAUUUAUUGUUUAAACCUUUACUGAACAAUGAAAUAAAGUUAAUGUGGAUGUAAUAGAGGUAGCAAACAAAAGCUAAUUCUUUACAAAUCA